GUACAGAGUGGGGCUUUGGCUGGUUUUUGAGGCUGCCCGGUGGGGAGGAAAAAGGUGGAGCGGCUGCAGCUCUGCUCUCCAGACCGCUGUGGGUGCUCGUUAGAGCCGCGGUGUUUGACCGGUCGGGAAAGGCCCCGUGAAGCCACAGCAGCCCGGCACAGGCCCGAGGAGCCCCAGCCCGGCGCGUCCUUCCCCCUCAGCUCCCGCACCUCCCGUCCGAGGCCUCCCUGGGGGACCCCCUAGAGCCCGACCCCCGAGGACGGGAGAGCCCCAGCCCCGCUCCAGCAGAGACAGCAGCGUCAAGAGGAAAUGAGAAAGUGAAACUCAACGAGUAGUGUCGGAAACUUCUCGAUAACCAUCGUCUUGGACACACCCUAACUCAGUCUUUCCGGACGCCAUCUUUUCCUCCCCUCAGAGCACAAGAGACACCCGAGAAGUUGGCGUCGGGUGUCGCGGCCCCGCAGAACCAGGUUUAGUGCAGACUCAUCGCAGCUCUCGCUCCCGCCCAGCCGACCAUGGCCGUUUUACCGGUUGCCAUUGCAUUCUUUGUGGGACUCGCCAUAGGAGCUGUAAUUGUAGCACUGGCAAAUGAUAACACCAUGGACUUCUCUAUAAAUGCUGAGGGUGUACGUAUCCGUGUUGGGCAGAAGCAGUCUUGCCACCUCCAUGUCUCCAGAAAACAGCAAUUGGAACAAAGCAUCGCCUAGGGACUGCCGAUAGUCUUUCGACAUUGCUUUUUCAGCGCUAGGGAAAAAACCAUGCCUUUUUCCCCAGAGACAGAAAACCUCAAAAUCGGCUCUAGGAAUGUCCACUCUGCAGCGCUGGAGAACGUCCGCCCAUAAAUCCAGGACUAGGGAAUCCUCUGGAGUUAGCAUAGCUGUUAUCAUGCUUGCAGCUCACUGGGAAAGGUGUUCUGACUAUCAAAAUUGGCCUCAUCAGCAAAGGAGAGCGUGCAGGCAGAAUCCCGCGAGCCAGACCGAAAAACCCCUUUGCUAAAUCGGGGGAUGAAGCACGGUACCUCGUUACACUGUUGUAGCCUCACAAGUCGGGGUCACCAGAUGUCGCUAUUGGACACCAAAUAAAGAGGCAUGACUCCAAAGGCAGAAGGAGCUCGGAAGGCUUUAUUGUCUACUUUUUAGUACCUUUUAUACUGUGUUGAGACACAGACUUAACAUGAUUGGUAAAAGAGAACAACACCUCUCUAGUCCCAUUGGUGAAACAAGAGAAACAUAAUCAGCACAGCUGUACAGAUUUGUUUUGAGAAACAUAAGUUAUUUACAGAAUUUGUCCUUGAAAGAAAUCCUCCCAAGAAAUCUUCCCUUGGGAAAGAAAUCAGCCACUGGCAGGCUGAAAAACUUUUCAGACUCAGGAAUUUCAGGCUCACAGUUUCUCUCAGUGGAAAAUGACAGGCUCUCUGAAGGGACAACCCCAAGGUCCAAUGGACAUGGGUGAGCCCGAGCCUUGCUUCAGCAAAGACAGUGACAUCAAGAAUUGAUGAAAAUGAAAGUGAAACUCAGUGAUUGGGCAAUUUCCCGUAAAUUACACAUCCUGACCUUCCCUGUUGGGAUCUUUUCUGCAACACCUUGACCCUCAGAGCACAGUACACACAGGACAGAAGGACCAGGCUCACAGAGGACCCAGCAUAGCUCUCAGUCCAGGCCAGCAGACCAUGGAUUUGGUUCAUGUUGCUGUUGCGUUCCUCGUUGGAAUCAUCAUUAGACCUGCAAUUGUAGCACUGGCAAAAGGUGACACCAUCGACUUUUCUAGGAAUUUCAAGUAUUUUGGCUUCAGUUUCAGAAUCGGAGACUCUGCCAAGAUUUCCAAGAGGAAGCCAAUGGCAGAUGAGAGACCUAAGAAGGAGACAAUUUCAGAUGAGGAAUCUGGGGAGACAAAUACUGGUGAUGAGGCCAAGAAGGAGACAACUUCAGAUGAGGAAUCUGGAAAGGAGACAGCUCCUGGUGAUAACCCCAAGAAGGAGACAACUUCAGAUGAGGAUUCCGGGGAGACAAAUACUGGUGAUGAGGCCAAGAAGGAGACAACUUCAGAUGAUGAUUCCAGGGAGACAAAUACUGGUGAUGAGCCCAAGAAGAAGGAUAGUCCAGGGAACAAAGGGAAAGCCAUUGGAGCUGCCAUUGGAGCCACAGUGGGAGCAGGAGUGGCACUUGUUGGCCUCCCGCUGUGCAUCGGUGCGCUGGGGUUCACAGGAGCCGGCAUCGCCGCUGGCUCCAUCGCUGCCAAGAUGAUGUCAGCAGCUGCCAUCGCCAAUGGUGGCGGAGUGGCCGCCGGCAGCACCGUUGCUGUGCUGCAGUCCAUCGGAGCUGCAGGUUUUUCUCUUGGUGCCAAAGUUGGUCUGACAUCUGCCCUGAGCUCAGUUGGUGCAGCAAGCGGUGCCUGGCUGUCCAAGUGGAAGAACCCUCCAAGUAACAAACCUAAAAAACGAUAAAAAUCCAAGUGACAAACCCAAGAAAAAGUAACUUGGAUGACAAACCUGAGGAGGAGACAACUCCAGACAAGAAACCCAAGAGAAGCCAAGAAGGUGCCUGACCCCAAGGCCUUGCCAUGCACAAUGGCAAGUGCUGGGAAACCCCCACAGACCCCUCAGGGCUUUACCUCCCCUUUUAAAAGCUUUGGAUUCUGUUGAGCAAUGAGUCCCCUGAAGCCAAUAAAGGCGCUUUUCCUGCAGCGGA